GUUAAAUCCAGCCAUGUCAAGUGCAGAGAGAAAAGCGAGCGGAGGGUUAAAACUAAUCUGAAAAGAAGGGCCGUUAUCGGUUUCUUUUAUCGGCCAGCAGAGGCCUCGCACGAAAGACAUGCCCCGUUUGUUUAGGCUUUAGGCGCCAACUUUUAACCGGGCCGAGGAAUCCCCCCAGAAUGUCCCCUGUCCUCGGACAGUGAGCCGCGCUUCUCGGAGAGGAUAACGGGGAUCAGAGGAGUGAACCUGCUGCCGCUCCCGCGGUGGAUGUGACCCACUAGUUACAGUAUCUGCGCUCGGAGACGGAUGUGGACGCGCACCAAUGAUGUCAGGAAAGCAUUACAAGGGCCAGGAGGUCAGCUGCUGCAUCAAAUACUUCAUAUUUGGAUUUAACAUCAUAUUUUGGUUGUUGGGGGUGGCCUUCCUGGGCAUUGGAUUGUGGGCAUGGAAUGAAAAGGGUGUGCUCUCAAACCUGUCCUCUAUCACUGAUCUUGGUGGGUUUGAUCCCGUCUGGCUCUUUCUGGUGGUGGGAGGGGUGAUGUUCAUUCUGGGUUUUGCUGGCUGCAUUGGAGCGCUGAGAGAGAACACCUUCCUGCUCAAAUUUUUCUCCGUGUUUCUGGGGAUUAUAUUCUUCUUGGAGCUGACAGCAGGAGUUCUUGCCUUUGUUUUUAAGGACUGGAUCAAAGACCAACUCAACUUCUUCAUUAACAACAACAUCAGAGCCUAUAGAGACGACAUCGACCUCCAGAACCUUAUCGACUUCACUCAGGAAUAUUGGGAGUGCUGUGGGGCAUUUGGAGCUGAUGACUGGAACCUCAACAUCUACUUCAAUUGUACAGAAAGCAAUCCCAGCAGAGAGAAGUGUGGGGUGCCCUUCUCCUGUUGCACCAAGGACCCAGCGGAGGAUGUCAUCAACACGCAGUGCGGAUAUGAUGUCCGGGCUAAAUCGAGUGAAGAGCAAAGGACGUACAUCCAUGUGAAAGGCUGCGUGCCUCAGUUCGAGAAGUGGUUACAGGACAACCUGACAGUAGUGGCGGGCAUCUUUAUAGGAAUUGCACUGCUACAGAUAUUUGGAAUAUGUCUGGCCCAAAACCUAGUGAGUGAUAUUGAAGCAGUACGGGCAAGCUGGCUACUGCCUCCCUCAUACGUCGCUCACCGCCUCCCACCCCACUCCAGCAAGAAAGUGCACUCCUGAAGGAGGUGUGUGCUCACUCGCUUGUUCUCCUGAAGCAGAAGCAUCCCAGCAUACGUUCACAGGAAUACGCCUGAAUAAGAGCGCCAGCAACGCAGCAACUCUACAUGCCAAGUUCACCAGGUCAUAUAUGUAUAGAUGUGACCUGCACCACUGUCUUUUACUACGUGUAAAUAUUGAUUUUUCUAGAGUGUUUCUUGUGUCAAACACUUGUGUAAGAAAUAUAAAAAGUGUGGCUCUGUGUGUGGGUGUGUCUGAGCUGUGAGAGCUGUGUCCCCAAUGCACUGCAUGCCUCUCACACCGGAAAACUCCAGCAUUUUUCAACCUAAACUCUCUGCUGCAUACAAAGUCUGUUAAAUCAAAAUUGUCUUGGAACAUUCAUUGUUUCCUGUGGUUUAUCCUGUAGUUUAUUGGUAUUUUGAGCUCAAUAUAAUGGCUUUUAAGUUGUGGGACACCAUCUACAAGCAAGAUGAUAGAAUGAUAAUAAGAUAGAUACAUGAAAAUAAGUGGAGAAAUUGUUAUUAGUCAAUUUUAUCCAACUUGGUAACAAAUUACCAUAAAUUCUUCCCUCUGGAAAACAUAUCUUUGAAAGAACCAACUAUGCAGCUUUACAACUUCAUUUACAAACACCUUUGACUGCAGAAUUCAGGAAAAUGUUCUACAGAAAUAUGUUUUGCAUCCAUAUUUACUGACAAUUCUCCGUUUGCCCAUUUGGAUCUGUUUUGCGUCACAAAAUGUUCAGUACUUUUCUAAGAACAGGGACGCCAAGUUAAGACCCAUUACCAAUUAACCAUAUGCUACAGAUGCAGCAGACGAUUACGCUUAAAGUGCUGCUUGUUUUUUUGUGUAAGGAUAGCUGUGCAUACAGAAGCUAGAGCAAGGGUGCGCAACUCUGUCCUGGAGGGGCUGGUGUCCAGUACAGUUUGGUAACUUACCUGCUUAAGCACACCUGAUUACACUCAUCUGUUAGUAGCCAGGUGGGUGGGUUUGCUUAAGCAGACAUUAGAGACCAGGUGUGUGUUGGACCAGAACUCUCCAGAGUGGUAGAUCUCCAGGACCAGGACUGAACACCCCUGCUAUGAAGAAAGUUACGGUCCACUUUAAGGGCAUCAUUAUUGGCUCUGCUGGAAGCUGUGGAUAUAGCUGAUGUCAUCAGCUUGUGUUUUCUUUAUCUUUGUUUCUGUGACACCAUUUUUAAAAAUGCAGUGUCAGCUUUCUCUGUCAAAAUCCAUGUAAACACUUUAAUUUAUGCCAGCUGUAUGGUGGCACUCUUUUGUCUCAGAGGGUGUGUGAUUAUUCUAUGUCAAGCAACAGUCCACAAUCUUUUCUGAACAAACUCUGCUACAGCAGUGAAAUGAACAGUAACAGUGUUGUCAGGUUUAAGCACUAAUCAGAAAGAUGUUUGUUCAGAGGUCAGGGUUAUAGAUAACAUGCAAUACAUAAGUAGAUGGCUUUAUAUAUUUAGCAGAUUCAGGACAGGAUGUCUUUUUCAUUAUUUGAAAGCAGUGUAAAGGGGAAUUUCACAGAUUUUUCAAAUACUUCUGCACAGUUCAAUAGUUGAGGCAAACAAAGUCAUUCACAGUGUUGUGAUGUAAAACGGUGCAUUGAAGAGAAAUGUAUCACCUCAGAUGUCUUUACAGUGUUGCUGAUGGGGAUAACAGCAUUUAUUAACAUUAAUUUUAUUUACUAUCCAACGCAACCAGUUAAUCUACACACCCCAGUUUUUAUAUGCAAUGUUGAUCAUGUAAAAACAGCAGUAAGUCUGAAAAAAUGAUGUUUUCUUUGGGUACUUUUUUUUCCCCUUUGACACCCUGCGUGUACCUCUAAUAAGACAUUUUAGGCCUAAAACGUACCUCACAACUGUGGUAAAACGACGUCUCGGGCAUCAGACGGCAUAAACAUUUCAUGUAAGAACUUUUUGUAAUGUAGAUUUAACUAUUUUGUAUGUCUGGUUCCCAUCACCACUACUGUGAUUCUGUCUUGGUAAGUUUCUCUAGAACCGUGCAUUUCAAAACAGAUGUUUACGGACAUCUUGACUGUUUACGUAUAUUAACAAUGUGAACAAUCGAUGUGAAUUCAGAUUAUAGAUGGAUAGACUGGAUACAUAUGGCAAAGAACUUUGUAAGCCUUUACAUGUCUAGAACACAUAAAUACACAGUUUAUAUAAGCCAAGUAUUUUUUGUCAUCUAUUGUAGUUUUACAUGUAAAGAUCACUCUUCACACAAUUUAUUUGAAGCAUUAACAUGACUGGAGUUCCACAAAAGUGCAGAGUCAAAUGAAAAUCUGUACAGUUAACUAGAAGGAUGUAAAAAUGUGUAAGAAAGUGUUUUAUUAAAUAAUCACAUGUUAGAGGGGGCCAGAGUUUGUGAUAUUUACCAGUGUGCUGACCUGCUGACAUUGUGAAGAAAGGUAUUAACAUUAAAGCUGAUGAAGGGAUCACUA